CACGUACAAACCCUGAGGCUGAAGGCUAAAGAAUCGAGCACCUUCUGUAUGUUAUCAUGCACAUCAUUUAAUAUGGAUUUCUUCUUUGGACUAAUUCAGGGUUCUGCAUAUAAGAGCUGUGGCUCAUGGAUCAACUUCACCUUUAUUUGCUCAAUGCUGGGCAUGUGGACUAGUGUAGAGUGCUGGUCUUAUUUCUACUCAAACAACACAAUGACUUGGAAAAAUGCACGAAGCUGGUGUCAGGAGCACUACACAGAUAUGGUGGCAAUCCAGAACCAGGAGGAGAUCAAACAUCUCGACAACUGGCUGCCCAAGAAAGACGGCUACUACUGGAUUGGGAUCCGUAAGAUCAAUAAUGUCUGGACCUGGGUAGGAACCAACAAGCUUCUGACAGAAGAAGCAACCAACUGGGCAGAAGGAGAACCUAAUAAUGGUGACAGUAAAAUAAGUGAGGACUGUGUUGAGAUGUACAUUAAAAGGGAUCAGCAGCGAGGCAAGUGGAAUGAUGAGAGAUGUGAGAAAUUAAAGACUUCUCUGUGCUACACAGCGGCUUGUAAGAAUGACUCCUGUCUCCAUGGAGAGUGUGUCGAAACCAUCAACAGCCACAAAUGUGAUUGCUUUGAAGGGUUUUAUGGAGACAAGUGUGGCCAAGUUGUGCAAUGUAGCAAAGAUGAGGUGAUCAUCCCAGAUAAUGGAUAUGUAAAUUGCUCUCACAAGCAUGGCAAUUUCUCCUAUGACUCCUUGUGCCAGUAUUCCUGUAAGGAAGGAUACAAGCUGAGUAUGCAGAGACCUCUGAGGUGCACUUUCUCUGGAAAAUGGUCAGAAAAGCCCCCUACAUGUGAAUUGGUUCAGUGUGACAGGCUGUCUGAGCCUGCAAAUGGAUCCCUGAAGUGCUCUGAUCCUCUUGGCGCGCUCAGCUACCAGUCCACCUGUGUUGUUACCUGUGAUGAAGGCUAUGAACUGUCUGGUUCUCUGUCUCUGCAAUGUGAAGCAUCAGGACAUUGGAGCGCAUCCCAGCCAUUGUGUGUUGCUAUCCAGUGCCCUGCUCUGUACAAUUUGGAAAAUGGCUUUGUCAGCUGUGGAGAAGACACAGAUAUGAGGUUCAGCUACAAAAACACCUGCAGCUUCAGUUGUGCCCAAGGUUACCGCAUGGUGGGACCCAGCAGGGCGACAUGCACAUCAGCAGCUACAUGGAGUCAGCAGAUGCCUCACUGUGAAGCCAUCAUUUGUCAGAAUCCAGAGAGAGGAGCUCCCCUCAUCACACAGUGCAGCGAAUCUUUGACUGAACUGCGACCAAACUCCACCUGCAGCUUCAGCUGUGAAGAAGGCUUUGAACUGCAGGGAGCAAACACCAUUCAGUGUUCUGAGGAUGGACAGUGGAAUAAAGACAUACCUACCUGCAAAGCAAAAGGAUGUCCUGCUCCAGAAGUUCCAACAAAUGGUCAGAUAAACUGCAGCCCCUCUCUGUCUUCAUUUGUUACUCCUGAGACACCACAUCCACUUGGUGUGGUUUGCAAUUUUACAUGUGAUGAAGGACAUGAGCUGCGAGGUGCACUCAGCAUGGAGUGUACAAAUCCAGGCCAAUGGACCUCCAGACUACCAACCUGCACAGUUGUGAGAUGUCCCUUGCUUGAGACUCCUGAAAACGGUUACAUCAACUGCUCAAGCAGUGAGUCAGUUUACAACUCUCAGUGCUCCUUCACAUGUGACCAAGGCUACACAUUAGAAGGACAUGAGCUGCUGAUCUGUGAUCAUCACGGCAACUGGACCAGAGACAAACCCACCUGUCAAGCCAUCAUUUGUCAGAAUCCAGAGAGAGGAGCUCCCCUCAUCACACAGUGCAGCGAAUCUUUGACUGAACUGCGACCAAACUCCACCUGCAGCUUCAGCUGUGAAGAAGGCUUUGAACUGCAGGGAGCAAACACCAUUCAGUGUUCUGAGGAUGGACAGUGGACUAAAGACAUACCUACCUGCAAAGCAAAAGGAUGUCCUGCUCCAGAAGUUCCAACAAAUGGUCAGAUAAACUGCAGCCCCUCUCUGUCUUCAUUUGUUACUCCUGAGACACCACAUCCACUUGGUGUGGUUUGCAAUUUUACAUGUGAUGAAGGACAUGAGCUGCAAGGUGCACUCAGCAUGGAGUGUACAAAUCCAGGCCACUGGACCUCCAGACCACCAACCUGCACAGUUGUGAGAUGCCCCUUGCUUGAGGCUCCUGAAAAUGGUCACGUCAACUGUUCAGGCACUGAGUCAGUUUACAACUCUCAGUGCUCCUUCACAUGUGACCAAGGCUACACAUUAGAAGGACAUGAGCUGCUGAUCUGUGAUCAUCAUGGUAAUUGGACUGGAGACAAACCCACCUGUCAAGCUCCCUCUCCAGUUACUGUAAUUAGCACUAGUGUGGCAACAGGCAGCACUGCGUUGUUAUCUGGUGUGUCUCUGGCUAUGUGGAUCUCGAAAAAACUGAAGAAGAAAACAACCAAGUUUGAGCAGCAACUCUGACUUAGAGUCUUCCCACAGACCUACCAAAAAAAAAAAACUGCAUUGAGAGCCUAAUACAGGAGACACUUCUAUUCUUA